UAUAAGAAAAGCUCCAUGUUCAGAGCAGCACUACAACAACCUCCCUGACCAUCUGUGAGACAGUCUGCUGAAGCUAAGACCUGACGGUGUGAUCACUGAAACCAUGCUGAAGGUAGCACUUGUUCUUGGAUGCCUCCUGAGCCUCGUUCUGGCCAAUCCUAUGGACGGGGGACACAAACGACUUGCCCGUUCAGACUCAUCAGAGUCUAAUGAGGCCACUUCCACCUCUACCACAACGGGACUGACUACAGCACAGCUGACACAACUGUUGCAGCUUUUCCUCAAUCUUCUUACAACCACCACAGCUGCAACUACUACGGCUGCACCCACUACUACAACAACCGCAGCUACUACAACUACUACUGCUACUGCAUAGAAAAAUCUACAGUUCAUCCAGAGAGCAAUAAGUGAAUGAAAAACUUCACAAAAGAGUUCUCCAUUAUAUCUGCAAAAUAAACUCCACAAAUGGAAAAUA